AUAGAAUAGAUCUAAUCCCUGAUGAACUUGAGAUGGUCUGCAUUGAAUUAAGUUUACCCUACAAUAAAUCACUGCUAAUAAGCACAUGGUUUAGACCACCAAAUUCUCUUAUGAAUAAAUUUGAUUACUGGGCAAGCUUUUUAGCAAAAUGUGAUAAUGAAGAUAAGGAGCUAAUCCUCAUAGGAGAUCUAAAUUGUGAUGUCAGUAAAACUAUACCUGACCCUCACACAUGUAAGUUGCAAUUUUUAUGUUCUCUGUAUCAGAUAGACCAACUUAUUAAAGAAUCUACAAGGCUAAUUCCUAAAUCAGCUACACUAAUUGAUUUAAUAUUAACAAAUAGACCAGAAAAUAUUUCCAGAUCAGGUGUCAUUCACCUGGGAAUUUCAGAUCACAGCCUUGUCUACGCUGUGAGAAAAUUUACACUCCCGAAUGGAAGGCAAAAAAUUCGUCAGGUUCGUAACUUUAAAAACUUUGUCGAAAAUGAUUUCAUUCGGGAUGUGUCUCAAUUGCCUUGGGAGAUGGUCUAUCAGUUUGGAGAUCCCAAUUUAUGUUGGCAAGUCUGGAAAUCACUAUUAUUAGAUGCACUUAAUAGACAUGCCCCUCUGCGCCACAAGCGAAUAAGGAAUAACCCUGUCCCAUGGAUUAAUCCUCAAAUUAAAGAACUUAUGAGAAAAAGGGACUAUCACAAAAAAAAGGCCAUAAAAUAUGAUUCGGAGUCACAGUGGGAAUUGUAUAAAACACUACGUAAUGAAGUAAAUAUAAACAUGCGGAAAGCAAAAUCUAAAGAAAACAUUUGGAUACAGUAG